UUUUCGAAUACAACGACAUCAUGCCAGAACGACAUCAGUCAGUCAGUCGUCUUUUUUCACUCAUCAGCGACGAUCUAUCUGUUGUCGCGCGAAUAGCGAGAGCAGCCUAACCAGCUUUUCCUCAUUAAUUCUAUACAUCUCUGUAGGAAUCUAGACAGACCACUUGUGCAUAACAAUUCGACAAAAGUUUUGUGCUAUCACUUGAGAAGAUUAUCAGCGUCAUCCACCGCCACCGACGACAAUCGGAAUGCACUUGUGGCAAUAAAAUGAGACACAAUUGCUGUUGGUGAAUCGUGUUCCAUAAGGUAAUCAUGUUAGUCCCCUCGAGAAGACAAUAAUAAGUGAUUUACAUCGAUAAUGAUGAUGACAACACCGUAAGUGGACUUGUUAAAAGUCGAAUAAGACUAGCUCUCGCCAAUACAAAAAAAAAAGCUGCAAGGUCGUUGCCAAUUUCUAUAUUGUUAAGCUCGACUCUGCAACUGCCAUCAAAUAGGGGCCUCUAGAUUUUUUGCUGAAGUUGUGUCAACCACCUGACUAUUUAGUAGGAACAUCGGAAACUGAAAAACAAAGCCCUAGAAAAAAAAUCUAACUUGUGGAUCGUCAGCUGUUAAGGUGAUAAGAAGGGCGCUGUUCCUAAUACGAUGCACAUGCACAUGUCAUUCUGGUGGGGUUCGGAUGUGGGCGAUGUGUUCUUUCCGGGACUGACGGUUAACUCGACUGGGGCAAUGGUGGCCCUAUGUUUAUCGCUGACGGCGCUCUCAAUUCUCUACGAAGGAUUGAAGGUCCAUGGUGCCAAGGUGCGCGCCAAGGCAGCCCGCGAACGGCAACGGUCCGGCUCCUGCCCGCCGAGUGAAAGUGCCACCCUGCUGUCGCUGGAAUCGACGGCUUCGUCCGGAAUCAUCCGACCCCUCGGGCGGCGCCUAUUUGCCUUCCUGGGCGAGGCGACCGUAUUCCUAUUCCACAACAUGCUCGGCUACGCCCUGAUGCUGAUGGUGAUGUUCUACAAUGGCUAUCUGUUCGUGGCCGUGGUCGGCGGAAUGGCCCUGGGGUAUUUCCUGUUUGGCCAUUUGUCUAUGAAGGUGAACAUGGAAAAUGUACAGGCUCGAAGGACCAACGUCAUCUGUACGGCUCGAUGCAUGCAAACAGCCGAAUCCUGUGCCAUGAGCCACACUGCUCCUUGUCCCUCCUCUCGACCGUCCCAACCGGUUCGCAACGGUUAUGAAGUCCUGUGAGACCCCACGUUUCCCCACUGUCUAGCAACACAUCCCAAACGCAUGAUUUGUAUAGGUUAUGUUUGUGUUUUUUUUCUUUCUGUAAUUUACAAUUUUUGGUGCUUCCUCCUCGAAACAACAACACACUUACUUCCUCGUUCACAGACCCGGAAUCCAAUCUGACGGCGAACGCUCAGCCGGAAGAACUAAACUACGAUGGAAGUGCCCCGUCCACCUCAUCCGUUGCGCCCCUGUGCCAUUGAGCGAUCCCGAGCCCAAGAGACGGAGAGGGAAUCCCGCAAUAUUACGUAAUCUCAUGGAAAACCUGUGCUCUAGCAUACGUAUACAUUUAUACUGUUUCUAAAAGUUUCCGGCCUUCAUCUACAAAAAAAUAAAAGACAACCAGCAGCGGAACCAGGAUUAACCUCAAUACGCUGUUGACAUUUCACCCGAUUGUUUCUGAAAAAUUAUACUGAAACUGUUUUUUUUUGUGAUUUUUCUACAAAAAAAAUUACCAAGUUUAGUCAAAAAAAAUUUAGUUUGUUACCAGAAAUGUUUAGAUUAAAAACCAAGAAGUACGUAUUUCAUUCGACUCAAACAUUACAGCAAUGUGAGAAGCAAUUGAGGUUAAACAAUGGGGAAGCGAAAGCGAUUAUCUAAGUACGAGUUUUAGUUAUAUUAGCAAGGUAAUUUUCAAGCCCACUUUGGCAAACUUUGGGAUAACUUUAACUUCAGCCGUCAAACGCCUCCAAUCAGCUAGAAGGUUUCCAACUGUAUUUAGUUAGAUUAGCAACACACAACAAAAUAUGAAACAAAAAAUAAGCUCAACUAUGCUCUUCGUGUCGUGUCAAUCAAGUAGGCGUAGAACUAAACAUUAGGUAUUGGAAAGGUUCACCAGAAUCCAAGCAUGCGCUGCUGUUUGUAGAUAAAGAUAGGGAAGAAAAAAACAACGGAGGGAUAUCCAAAUAAAACCUUGAAUUUGUGAUCUGUGAUCUAAGAAAACCUAUAAUGUAUAAAAAAGGAAGUGCUACAAAAAAACUAAAAUCAUCUAUUUAAAUUGCAAACAAACAUCAGGUUUUAAUUUCAGUUUUGUACAUUUUUUAAGUAAGAAAAAAAGGUGCAGGUUUGUGUGAAUGUAAAGUUAGUCUAGUUUUGCCCUAAGUAUGUUUAUCUAGAAAGUGAACUCUUCCAAUAAUAUGUAUAUUGUAAUUAAAGUUGUUUUAAGUUUGAAGAAAUCGAUUCAUUGCUGUGAGUGAUAAUAAUUCUGAGUAUGUAAAGUAUAGGUGAUAAUUUGCAGUAAUUUUGCGUUUAAGUGUAGAGAGGGAAAAAACUAGGUUAAAGAUUGCCAAUCACUUGGUUCUAUUCGUGUAAAAGUAAAGCAGAAGGCUUUACUAGGCGAAAAACUUUAAAAAACUUUUUAUUGUUAUCAAUUGUAAAAGAGAAAAAUUCGUUUUGCAGUAUCAAUAAAUAAAGCAUGGUAAACUACAAAA